AUGGCAACAAAAAACAAAAGGCCAUGGCGUAAAGUAGUCAAGAAGCUGCAACGAAAACGUAGACGACAAAAACUGGCAAAAGAACGAGAUCUGAAAAUUGAACAAGAAGAAUUAGAAAAACUUAAAGAUCCCGCCUAUCAAGAGUGGUUAAUGGGACAAGAAGAAAUUGCCGAAAUGAAGCGACAAACCGAAGAAAAAGAACACAAGGAACUCGAAGCAAUGUGGUUGUUGCGAGAACAACUUGCACAGAAGCAAUUCCAAAAAGACGAAGAACAGCGUUUGGUACAGCAAAGAGUCGAACAACAAAUACUUGAAUUUCGAUUGAAACGUCUCAAAGAACAGGAAGAAGCGGCCAAACGACAACGUGAAGAAAUUGAAAAGAAGGCAGAAGAGGCUACAAAAUAUUUGGCAGAAAUUGCAUAUCUAUGUCAGGAAUAUGUAGAAAAUCCUGGAAUGAAAACACCUGAGAAAUUAAAUGUUAUGACCGAAUCACGACCCAGUGAGAAGCCAUGUGAAUUCUAUAGGAAAACACAAUGUUGUCGGUUUGAAGCCAGAUGUGGCCUCAAUCAUGUUCGGCCAUUGUUAUCGCAUGUCAUUCUAAUUAGAAAUUUCUUUCAACAUCCAUUGUUCGAACAUAAGCAACAUAAAUCGUCUGAUCGUAAAUUGGAAUUUUCCGAUGAAGAUUUGAAAAAAGACUAUGAAGAGUUUUGUAAAGAUGUAUGGCCCGAGUUGGAACAAUUUGGUAAAAUUGUUAAUUUUCGCACAACUAGAAAUCGACCACCAAGGGGCGGUCAUGUUUUUGUGGAAUAUGCAGAGAAGAGAUCUGCCUUAAAGGCAUUUACAAAUCUGCAAAAUCGUUUCUAUGCUGGCAAACAAUUGAGUGUGGAAUUUAGUCAUGUGACCUAUUGGCGAAGUGCUCUUUGUGGUUUGGCUUUGGGCCACAAAUGCAACAAAGGUGAUAAAUGCAAUUAUUUGCAUAUUUUUGCCAAUCCAGAAAAUAAAUACAAUACCAAGCUGGAGAAAAUAGGAAAGCCGAAAAAGGACAAGGAAGUACCAAAAGGUGAUAAUUUUGGAAAUGAUACCAAUUCGAGUACACGACGUAAUUGGCGUUGGUCUGAAAGUCCAGAACUAGAAAUGCCCAGCACAAGUUCCCAAAAGGAAAAUGAAACAAAUAAUGUCAAGAGUCCUAUUGUUAUAAUUUCCUCAUCGGAAGACGAAGAAGAUGAUAAAACAAAAAACAAAACAAAAUCAUCGCCACAAAUUGAAACUAAAUCACAUCAGAGUAGAAGUAAAUGUAAGCAAAAAUCUCCAAAACAAAAAGAUGUCGACAAUGGUCAAAAACAAAUAGCCAAAAGUAAAAGGAAAAAGGAUAUACAAAGCACAAAUGAUAUGAUAAUGAUUUCAUCCACCAGUGAAGAUGAUUCGGAUAUAAUUUUAAUUAAAACUCCUCAAAGAAAAUCACGUGACGAGAAAUCCGCCUAUAAACAUAAACAUCAUAAAAGAAAAUCCUCACAUGAUUCUUCGUCGCGCAGUCGUUCUAGUUCCAGUCAUAGAUCUUAG